AUGCACGGACGAAGACCAGAACGUCAAGAUCGUGAACAAGAAUCUCUAACACGUAUAGCUAUUGUUAGUAAUGACCGUUGUAAACCCAAAAAAUGCAAUCAAGAAUGUAAACGUUCAUGUCCCGUGAAUAAAACAGGCAAAUUAUGUAUUGAAGUAACGCCUGAAUCAAAAAUUGCCAACAUAUCCGAAGAAUUAUGUAUUGGUUGUGGUAUAUGUGUAAAAAAAUGUCCAUUUGAGGCCAUAGCCAUUAUUAAUUUACCAAGUAAUUUGGAUAAAGAUACAACACAUCGCUAUGGACCAAAUGCUUUCAAAUUACAUCGUCUGCCAACACCGCGACCCGGACAAGUUCUCGGUUUAGUUGGAACAAAUGGUAUUGGAAAAACUACAGCACUGAGAAUUUUAGCUGGAAAAUUGAAACCGAAUUUAGGAAAAUUCAAUACACCACCUGAUUGGGAAUAUAUUUUAAAAUUUUUUCGCGGUUCUGAAUUACAAAACUUUUUUACAAAAAUUCUUGAAGAGAAUUUAAAAGCAAUACUCAAACCACAAUAUGUUGAUCAAAUUCCAAAAGCUGCUCAAGGAAAUGUGCAAGAUAUACUAAAUAAGAAAGAUGAGCUAGGAAAUCAAGAUGCAAUAACAGACGCAUUUGAUCUUCAUAAUAUAAAAGAUCGUCAAAUAAGUGAAUUAUCGGGUGGUGAAUUACAACGUUUUGCAUGUGCAAUGGUAUGCAUACAAAAAGGUGAUAUAUUUAUGUUUGAUGAACCGUCAAGCUAUUUGGAUGUUAAACAACGUUUAAAAGCAGCGUUGGCGAUUCGAGAUAUUAUUAGAGAAAACAGGUACAUUAUUGUUGUUGAACAUGAUUUAUCCGUGCUAGAUUACUUGUCUGAUUUUAUUUGUGUUUUGUACGGAUCACCAGGUCACUAUGGUGUUGUCACUAUGCCAUUUUCUGUUCGUGAAGGUAUCAACGUAUUUUUGGAAGGCUUUAUUCGCACAGAAAAUUUACGUUUUCGUGAUGUUGCCUUGACAUUUAAAGUUGUUGAAACCGCUGCGGAAGAAGAAGUAAAACGUCUAUGUAACAAUAAUUAUCCGUCCAUGACUAAAAAAUUAGGUUCAUUUAAUUUAUCAGUGGACGCCGGAUCAUUUACAGAAUCAGAAAUUGUUGUAUUAUUAGGAGAAAAUGGAACGGGAAAAACAACUCUAAUACGAAUGUUGGCUGGAAAUAUUACUUCUGAUAGUGAGGAUGAAGUUCCCCAACUGAAUAUUUCGUAUAAACCACAAAAGAUUAGUCCAAAAUCUACCGGUACUGUGCGCGAUUUGUUGAAUUCAAGAAUUCGUGACGCGAUAUUUCAUCCACAAUUUCAAACCGAUGUUGCUAAGCCGUUACAAAUUGAUAAUAUUAUAGAUCAAGAGGUGCAAAAUCUAUCUGGUGGUGAAUUACAACGUGUUGCUCUUUGUUUAUGUUUGGGGAAACCAGCCGAUGUUUAUUUAAUUGAUGAACCAUCUGCCUAUUUGGAUUCUGAGCAACGUCUGCAUGCUGCACGUGUUAUUAAAAGAUUCGUUCUUCAUUGUAAAAAAACUGGCUUCGUUGUUGAACAUGAUUUUAUCAUGGCUACAUAUUUGGCUGAUCGUGUUAUUGUAUUCGAUGGUCAACCAUCUGUUAAUGCACAUGCUUCCGAACCACAAGCACUUGUUCCUGGUAUGAAUUCAUUUUUGAAACAAUUAGAAAUAACAUUUCGACGUGAUCCAGAAAAUGCACGUCCAAGAAUAAAUAAAAAAUUUUCUGUUAAAGAUACUGAACAAAAAUCAGCUGAAGGCGUUUACCGUACAGUAAUAUCUCCACACCCAAAUACAUCACUCGACGUUCGAAAAAAUGCUGGCUAUUCAUUAAAAUUAUCGUUGAAAUAUUUAGCCACAACUGACUGA